AUGAUCCGACCUCUGCUGCUGACCUGCUGCCUGGCCGCCGCCUCCACCGCCUCCACCCUCGACCAGCUGCGCGGCUACGCACCAUGCUUCCUGCAAACCGCCCACCCAGUGCCGUGCCUCAAAGAACGCGCCCUUCGACUCUUCGACAAGGCGUUGCUGACCGAUUCAAUCAAAUUUUCGGAUGGAUUUGCAAUUGAAAAAAAUCCAGAGGAAAUUUCGGCCAACUUUGACGCCUCCGACGAGCUGAAUUUGCCUGCUGAGCCGUCGGCGCGGGAGGAGCAGUUGGACGAACUGUUGUGGAAAAGGACUCUCACCUUUUUCAAGACCAGAAGUGUCCGAAUCGACCUUGAAGAAACUGCCCAAGAAGGGCGACUUUUCAAAAAGAAAAUCAAGAAGUUUGUGAUUCCGCUGAUCCUUGUGAAGGUGGGUCUGGCGUUGAUGGCGACCAAGGCGUUGCUGAUCGGCAAACUGGCGCUGGCCGUGACCCUGUUCGUGAUCGUGCGUGAGUUCUUCGAGGAGCGCAAAAAGGCGCAGCACGAGACGUACGAGGUGUUCGCGAAACACCCCUCGGAGAGCGAGUAUCAGCACUAUGAAGCGUCCAGCCCCGUGCAGUCCGUCGUCCAGACCAGCGGCUUCUACCCCAGCAAGGGUGGCCGCAGCAUUGUCAGGGAGACUAACUUGCCCGCCCUCGACGUCAACGAGAAUGCCUACGACAACGGACAGUUUGCCCAAAUGCUCGCCUACAGCGGCCGGCGCCCCAAUUAAUUAAUUGUUGACCCGUUCCAACUCCAAAGUCGCUGCCAUCCUCAUUCAAUAUGUAUUUAUUUGGAAAUAUGUGUUAUUUAUUUCUUAUUUAUGUUCAAUAAAUUUAAA